AGUAAAAUAUGCAUGGUCGCUUUGAGUGAAAAUUAAGAUAACUGUCAAAAUGACAGCGCGUGUGUGUGUGAGGGUGUGUUUAGUGUUCGUUGUUUUGAAUUCUUUUGGGGCUGCGCAGGAGUUUGAUAGAGAGGGGAGAAAACUUUUUGGUGGCUAUAGAAUAACACCGUCUCACUGCAAGGCAAGCCGAGCGGCAAAAUAUAACAGAGGACACACAAUAUGCAUGUUCAACCACGAAUGUGUAAGACGUGGAGGAGAAGUUGUAGGCUCAUGUAUGGAUGGUUUCCUAUUUGGUGCUUGUUGUCAACUUAAAUCAGAUAGCCAGUCUCACAUUCCGAAAGGUCCGGGUGUUGUAAUGACGAGCUAUUUGGAUUACCCUGAUCCGGAGACAGAAACUGAUGAUUAUGAUGGAGAGCAACUUAGUGCUUGGCAUAACAGCUUUAAACCAGUUAUAACACCUGGGUAUAAGCCGAGCGUAGUUACAUCAACAAUGAAGGCUGAGCAGGAUCUCAGUACAGAGGCACAAAUAAUUUCAGAUGGCUUCAGUCAAAUUACUAAUUCUUUACUAAGCACACCACCUAAGGAUAACUUUAUAUACAUAAAACCGAAACCGGAUAACCUGUAUACACAUAGCACUAUAGAUCAUAAUGCAGCAGAUACAGUUUUGUUCCACAAAAAUGGAAGUCAAGUAGACGAUAUCGCGCGACCCUCAGACUUUAACGUGCAAAUAUCCUCAAUGCAGACAAAACCUACAAAGUCUCCUAUAUCUACGUCUCCCUCAUCACCAUCGAUAGUUGUGUCUACACACCGGCCAGUAUUUAAACCAGUCUUCAAGCCUAAGCCAAUUAAAACUACCAGCACAACUGAAAACUAUGUUCAAGUGUCAACUAUUACAAAAGAAACUGAAAAACAUCCCGAGCUGGUGUCUAUCGAUAGUAUUAUUCAAAUGCUGAACGAAAGUACUCCUAGUAUGAAAGAAGAUGUUAGUUCACCUUCUAGCUUAGACGUGAUGGAGACAAAAUCAUCACCUAGCCCAACAGUUACGCCUGUAACAUAUAGCAGUGGUUAUCCUAAUUAUUAUCUGUCUACAGGACAUUACGUUACAUUAAAACCGUCCUCAAUCAAACCUCAUUCAAGUACUACAGGUUACUCUCAAAAGCCGUUUACUAAAAAGCCAUCAUAUACUACUCCAAAUAGCAUUCCACAUGAAGAAAGACCUUCAAGUAAGCCCGUGUAUAAACCAAAUCAAUCUACUAGUGAAGCGAUUGAAGCAUUUAAUAAAUACCCCACAGAUCCAAGUGAAUUUGGCCAAACAGUAACAACUUUCAGUUAUGUCAGCUCAACAACAACUAAACGACCAACUACUUCAAAAAAGCCCCCAUCUACGAGCUACGUGACAGGAUCGAAACCCUUGAGACGGCCAGUUACACCGUCGAAUGAUAUAGAAACGUACGACACUUCUAUUGAUAAUUUUUCCAGUGCAACACCUACUGUAAUUGUAUUAAACAAUUUUCAAACUCCGAAACCAGAAUCUACUUCUCAAGAGACACAAUUUAUUGAAAUAUCCCAAGAACCGUAUAAGAAGCCAGUGAGUCAAAUUACCGUUAACAAUCAUAUCGAAUCGACAAAUAACAUAUUUGUUGGUAAGCCCUCUUAUGAUAAGCCAUCUUCACCAACUGUUGUUAUAACUCCAAAACCUUCGCCAACAACACCUUACCCAAUACGCGCUGGUACUAAACCAGGUCCAUCAACACCAAAUUAUGAACUAUAUGCAGAUAGUACAACAUUUAAGACAGAACAACAGACGUCCAAUGAUGACCUAAUCAACUUCCCACCUGUAAGAAAUCCAAUGCUCAAUGCAACUGGAUCGAAUCCAUCAGUAUUUAAUACUAGCAUAUCAAUGAUUGACAACGAAUUAGAUAUAGACGUAGAUUUCUCAACCCCAUCAUGGCAGGAGGAUGAAAAAUUAAAUGAGAAAAUGAAUCUUUUUGUGAACAAAAUCGUUGGAAGUUUGCAAGGUACUUUCCAGGAACUUCACGAUAUUGUUAUAUUAGAUAAGAAGCCGAAUAUAACUAGGACGACUACAAAGCCCCCACGGCGUACUCCCGCAACUAGAAAGCCAACUACUAAAAAGCCUUUACGACUAACGACCACUAAGCGGCCCCCAGUAAGAACGACUAAAAGGCCCGUCAAAUUGACAACGGCUGCCAGGCGACCGACAACAACUACACCUGUACCUACCACAACGCCUACAACAACUACUACUACUUCUACUAAAAAACCGGUAACGACUACAAAAAAGCCGCGCCCAACCAAAAGAGUGACUACGACCACACAGCCUACUACUACGGUCACCGAGGCUACUGAAGAUGUGACCACAGAAUUAUAUGCAGACCAGAAUGUUGACUACAAUGAUAAAAACUUGUGUGGGGUGCGUCCACUAGUAAAGUCUGGUCGUAUUGUGGGUGGAAAGAACGCUCGUUUCGGUGAGUGGCCGUGGCAGGUGCUUGUCAGAGAGUCGACCUGGCUAGGUCUUUUCACGAAAAACAAAUGUGGCGGAGUACUAAUUACUAGCCGCUAUGUCACAACAGCUGCACAUUGUCAACCUGGAUUCCUAGCCUCUCUAGUGGCUGUGUUCGGUGAAAAUGACAUAUCUGGCGAAGUUGAGCCACGCAGACCUAUAGCGAAGAAUGUGAAACGAGUGAUUGUUCACCGGCAGUAUGAUGCUGCGACAUUUGAGAACGAUUUGGCUUUGCUAGAGCUGGACUCACCUGUUAAAUUUGAUGCUCAUAUUGUGCCUAUCUGCAUGCCUCAAGACGACGUUGACGUUACGGGGCGAGUAGCAACUGUUACUGGUUGGGGACGUCUUAAAUACGGAGGAGGUGUACCAGCUGUCCUACAAGAAGUACAGGUGCCUGUAAUAGAGAACAGUGCCUGCCAAGAGAUGUUCCAUACAGCCGGCCACGCUAAGAAGAUCCUCAACUCAUUCAUUUGUGCAGGAUAUGCGAAUGGACAGAAAGACUCGUGUGAAGGUGAUAGUGGUGGACCGCUAGUUUUGCAACGCGAAGAUGGACGUUGGCAGCUUGUCGGUACUGUCUCACAUGGUAUAAAAUGUGCAGCACCCUUCCUCCCCGGAGUCUACAUGAGGACCACCUUUUACAAACCCUGGCUUAGGAGCAUAACUGGUGUUAAAUAAUUGUAUAGAAAGUGAAAUUAAUGUGGUGAAAACUUUACUUAUGUGGAAAAACUGUAUGUAUUCGACGUGUAUGGUCUAUCAAUAUUACCCUUGAAGAUCUGAGAUUCUUGUCCUGUCUGGAAAAUACUUUUUGGGACCUAAAAAUCUAUUGGAUAUAUUUACCGAAUAACCAACAUAUAAUAUAAAUCUUAAUUAUUAAUUUUAAAGCUCUCUAUUUGACGUACUUAAAAUAGA